GUACUGAAGACACCAUAUACUUCAAUCACAAAAGACAGAGAAAUUAAGUUUGAUUCUCACUUGGAAGCUUCAUUUUUUUAGCUAGGUUUCCUAGUACUGAAAGGUGCUAUACAUGCUACUAGAGAAGGAAAGGAAUCAUGUCUUACCUAGCUGUGAGCCUAUGAGAUAAAAUGAUGACCAACCUAGGACAAUAUACCCACUGGUGCAACAGUGGUACAAAUGUCAUAAAAGUAACCAACCCAACUUCUGAUUGGAAGUCAGGAUCACUCCACUAGGUGAAAUUGUAACAUGCCCCUAGACCUUAGUAGGCCACCAGGCCUUAGAACUGAUGCCAUGAUAAAAAUACCAUCCAGGAAAUAAAACUCAUAAUAUAGACACUACUGUGUGCUAAGACAGUGGUGCUCAACCUUUCUAAUGCUAUGACCCGCUAAUACAGUUACUCACAUUGUGGUAAUCCCCAACCAUAAAAUUACUUCAUUGCUACUUCAUAACUAUAAUUUUGCUACUAUUAUGAAUCAUAGUUUAAAUAUCUGAUAAAUGACCCACUUGAGAACCGCUUGGCCAAAACAAAACAAAGACCUAAUCCUUCAAAGUCCUCAGAUCUGAUAACGUCUCUAAAGGUACUAACCUUGUGUUCUGCCCUCUAUAUUUCUGCUUCAAGCUGUUCUUCGUAAAGUGUGUUAACUUACGAUGUGGUUUGUGCUUAAAAGGUCAACCCCCAAAAUGCUCGGGGAUAUACUGGGACCUCAAACACCCAGUGGAUUUUCUGGCUAGCUAAUAAAUGCAUAUCCAGCUAGUCUUCUAUGAUGUUUACCCCAAAACAGAAAUUUAUGCUUGACAGUGUUAUUGGGGCCAAGAACCCAUUACGAAAGAGGUCCUUGUACUUAGAGAAGAACCUGCUACUAUUACUUUGUUAAAUGGACAUGGUAUUAAACCAAAUCCUAAUGGCUUAUUAUUAUUAUAUCCACAGAGCAGUGCAUUUCUCAACCUUCAUUAGGGAAGCUAAAUUUGAAACAGAUGGCCAUAAAUGCAAAGCAUGAUCUGAGAAAAUCCAAGAAGAAAAUGGAUACCUAGUACUGCAGGGUUAGUGGUAUGGUCCCUUGGAAGCACACCAGUAGCCAUAAAGGCAGAAAACUGUGAGUCACACUAUAACCUGGACCUAGGGAGCUUGACAUUACUGCUGCUGCAGCAGCCACAAAUGGCACUGACUGAGCUGGAAGGUACAACUCACCCGCUUGUAUGAGUCAUACUUGAGCCACCCGCCCUAGGCUACAGUGACAUGGUCACUCCAUCUCCCCCCCUUCUCAUUUCCUGUGUCUUGUAAAGCUCACUGAACCCCACAGAGCAACUUUAUUUGUUCAGACCACACUGGAGGAAGGGACAUUUCCCCUCCACUCGUCUCUCCACUUCCCCCUGCACGGCUCCUCCUUGGCCUGGAGCGGGAUCUCGGGGUGACAGGACAGUUUAAGCAUAACCACCCUCCAUGGAUCUUCCUUACUAUCAUGGCUGCCUGACCAAGCGAGCAUGUGAAGCCCUGCUCCUCAAGGGAGGAGCAGACGGCAACUUUCUGAUAAGAGACAGCGAGUCUGUGCCUGGAGCCCUGUGCCUCUGUGUCUCGUAUAAAAAGCUUGUCUACAGCUACCGAAUCUUCAGAGAGAAACAUGGAUACUACAGGAUACAGACUGAGGCUGAUGUUCCAAGAAAGAUCUUUCCAAACCUAGAAGAAUUAGUCUCCAAAUACAAAAAGCCAGAUCAAGGACUGGUGGUUCACCUUUCAAACCCAAUAAUGAGAACCGACUUAUGCCAAAAAGGGAGAAGAUCGGAGUUAGAGCUGAAUAUUUAUGAGAACACCAAUGAGGAGUAUGUGGACGUCCUGCCUUGAAGACAAGGAUAUCGGACAAGGCAAGCUACAAAAGAGACGGCUCUGCUCUCAGCUGCCACAUGGUCAAGUGUGAAUCUAAAACACCAAUUUCUAGUGGGCCACUGCGACCCUCUGAUUCGGAUAGCAAGAUCUGUUCUGCAGCCUUGGAGGAGCCAUUUCCCAGACACCCGCCUUCUGGUACAAUCCUCAAGAGGCCCUAAAGCCACUACUUACUGACCUCUUACUCCCCUAUCUUGAAACUGGACAGCCAUAACCCAGUCUCCUGUCUGGUUAGAGGCGGCUGGCCUGCUUCAUGGUUGACAGCUUUCAACAGGACAACGGGAAGUGAAGUUUCACACAGCAAGCAGAAAGAGUACUCAACAGUGACGUCAGAGCUCCCAUCCUGUGACUGUGACUUUAGAGAAAUCACCCCCUCGUUCUCAGCUUCUUCAUCUAUUAAAUAAUUGGGUGAUGCACAUGUCUUGGACCCUCCAUUGAGCCUGGUUCUGUCAGGCAGAGCAGGGGUCUGAGCAGCAGGAUGAGGACCUAAGGAUACUGAGAGGAAGCAAACAUGUCCUCCCGACCUGUGAGGUCGUGGUCCUGAUGGAGGUUGUGACCCACCCUGUAACUGCAGGUUUUAUCACAUGAGCUCCAGUUCCCAAAUAAUGACUCAUUGGCUUGUUAUUUAUGAAUUAAUGUCUAAACCUUGAGCUAGAAUUCUUACAUAGAUUGUAACUCAAUUAACCCAUGUAUUCUAUUCUAUUUCAGCUACAUGCCUGGUUACCUCUCCUCAGUACCUUUCACUUCCUCCCAGACUUGGCGGUGGGAAUCUUCCCUUGCCUGAUUAUUUCUCAAAAUUCCUCUUUUUUCUCUCUGGUGGUUUUCCCGCCUUAGUGUGUUGGCCAUCAGAUUUUUAUUGACAGCGGAUGCUUCUACACAGCACACAGGAGAUUAGCCCUAUGCUACCCGUGUUCCUUUCCUUUCAGCCUGAACUUGUCUUCUGUCUCGUCUUUCCAAGGUUUACCUUCUGUCCAACCUUCUUCUGGCUACAUUUUCCCACAUUCCACAUAUGCAGCCAUCACUUUGCUAGCUCUGCCUUCUGGUAAAUGUGAUUUAAAAUAUUUAUUUUUAUUACUUUUUUGGUUAACUUACAAUGUAAUGGUGUCACUCCAAACUUUUUAUACCUAUAAAUCAUUAUACUCUGGUGUUUCUGUUUCAUUGCUUGUUAUCAUUUCUCUUUUUUUUUUCAUUUUGUCUUGUUUUGUCUUGUUUGUUUGAGGCAGAAUCUCAGUUUAGGCCAAGCUAGCCUCAAACUGGAGGCAAUCUUUCUGGCUCAGAUCCGUGCUAGGGUUACAGGCACAAGUGAUCACGUGUGACCAAUCCUUUCUUCUGUCUUGACCUGCCCCAAGUUUCCCACCUUGCUGGGACCCCCUGUCCCCAGAGAGAUCCUCUUCUGCUUAUAUCCCACGCCUUCUCUGUUCUCCCAUCCCCAUUUGAGCUCGUCCUGACUCAUCGUCCACUUUUUAAACUCUGACGUCCUCCAUAUGUACGUAUUUAUUUGCAGAUACUGAUUUAAAUCUAGAUAUUGCAUAUAAGACAAAUGUGGUUUGUCCUUCUGAAUCUGACAAAUUUCACUUAACAUGAUAAUCUCCAUGCCUGUCCAUCUUUCUGUGUGAUUACUAUAAGUUCAUUAUAUAUGUGUACCAAUGUGCGGCUAGUUUAAAGAUGUUCUUGUAUGGUUGGUUCUAUUCCUGCCUAGGUUCUAAGAGCCAUCAGAGCAUGGCUGUGCCCAGCUUAUGGAAACAGAUGAUGCACAGAAAUGUACCCUCCCUGAACAUAGCAAUUAAGGACUGAAAGCAUUUUUCUGAAGGAUUGGUUGAGGUGACUUUAAGGUCCCUUGAAUUUUUUGGCUAGUUCAAAUGUUAAACUAAAAGCCGUAUGGUCAUGUAACUCAAUGGUAGAGAACUUGCUUAGCAUGUGCAAAGGCCCCAGAGUUCAAUCAUGAGCACAUAUAAAAUAAGCAAAGAAAAAUAAAAAGAAAGUUAAUCAAGGUCUGGUUAGAACCCAAGUUCUUUGCUCUACAUCUGAAGUCCUAGCUACCCAGGAGGAUUAAGUGUUUAAGAUCAGCCUGGGUUGCUCCAUUAAAUCUUGGCUAUUCAAAAAGAGUCAUCAUAUCUCCACAGACCUAUCCACUGGUGAGUGAAAAUGAAGCCAUGACUGCUUCAAGGUAAUUGGUAAAGGGAAAGUUUAUCGUAGACAUGAGGGAGAGAAAUACCACUGUCAUCUGGAAGGGGCCAGGCUCAACCAGGCCAACAGACUGAAUCAGGCCGUGGUGGUGGAGAGGAUCAAGUGAGGGAGAGAAGAGGGAGGGAGCAAGGAGGCUACAUGGGAACCAAAAGGUCAAGAAGCAGGAAGCUCAAGAGCCUGUAGUCAAAUGUCUGGGUUUAUAUAGAAAGGAGGAACCGAGAGAAGGAAGCCAGUCCCUUGGCUGGGAAGUGGACAGGUUGAGAAAUGCUCAGAGGACCACAGAAACUAUGUGAGUCUCUUCCUAGUUUCACUGAGACACAGCGACAUCCCUUCUUAAGAAUAACAAGUAAUUAAACAAGGCAGUUAGCACAGAGUUUACAUGUUUAGUGCAUUUUAUUUUCAGACUGUCCUUGUCCAUUUUGAAGAAAGGAACUCCAGACUUCCAGGCAGUAAAAAAAUUUUGUCACUCAUUGCCCCAAGAUGGGCACAACUGUGAAUUGUGCCCCAGGAAUCCCUUCACUACUACCAAGCAGAGAGGUAGCAAAAUGAUGAAGCCAUGUUCAGGGAGAUGAGAGGGAAAAUCCUGCUGGACUCUUCAAUAAAAGAUGCACAAGGGGCAGGAAGCAAUCCUCUCCCUGAGAUUCAGUUCCUUUAGUCUUUCAUUCUGUGGUACCAACAGGUUUCUGGAGUUUGCAGUAAUCCUUUGCUAGGAAAUAUAAUCUCUGACUAUUUCUUGAGUAAACUGAUGAAUGGACAGGUCUUUAAAGAAAGACAUGAUCACUCAUCCUGGAUAGCCAAGAUUUGACACAGCGCUUUCUACAUUCCUAAGUCCAGUCUUACUCUGCAGUUCAAGCUGCAUUUGAACUCACCGAAAUCCUCCUGUCUCUGCCUCCCAAGUGCUAAGAUUAUAGCUACAUGCCACGUGCUAGAAGCAAUUUCCUCUUCUUUUCUCGUGUUAAGGGUUGUGUGACGCUUGAUCCCAGUGACUUUUGCUGUGCUUGCCACACAGCCAAAACCAGUGCCUGAUAUCAAUCUCCUGCUGGAAUCCCUGACAUUUUUGAAAGAUGUUGAAUAUAUCAUACUUUAAGCAACUGGAAACUUUGAGCAUAUGUCACGGGAAAAGACCAUAUUAAUAUUAUUAAUAAUAUCAUUAUAAUUAUAUCUAAACCAUAUGUAAGUGUGAUAUAAUUAUAUUAGUAUGUUAUUAUGUAAUUAUCAUAAUUAUUAAUAGCCAUUGCAUGUGUUUGAAGUGCUGUUCUGUGAAGGACGUGUCUCUGAGUAUGAUGCCAAACUGCAGAACUCAGACCAGUGGCUAGGAGUUUGAGCAGAGCAGUUUCAUUCAAAGAUAAGAAGAUGGCUGGAUUUCCAACUCAUCACUCUAAUCUCUAGUGAUCACAAUGGGAAGCAUCCGCUGUCUUUUCCCCUCUCUCUCUUCUUUUUUCCUCCUCUCUCUCUCUCUCUCUCUCUCUCUCUCUCUCUCUCUCUCUCUCUCCCUCUCCCUCCCUUCCUCCCUCCCUCUUUCUCUCCUCUUUGUAAUUAGGAAUGAAAACUUGAGUUUACCCAUUCCUUAAUUUUUAAUUUAAUAUCUGCACCAGUCUAUAGAAGUAUUUUAGUUUACUUCAUUUCAUAAGCUUUCUUCUUUCCAUUCCUAAUUUCCCUUGUAGUGUUCAACUCCCCUCAUGGGAGCCACUUCUAUAUUUUUGAUUCAAGGCAUUAGAUGUUGUCUUAGGGUUUCUAAUCCUGCACAAACAUCAUGACCAAGAAGCAGGUUGGGGAGGAAAGGGUUUAUUCAGCUUACACUUCCACAUUGCUGUUCAUCACCAAAGGAAGUCAAGACUGGAACUCAAGCAGACCAGGAAGCAGGCGCUGAUGCAGAAGCCAUGGAGGGAUGUUACUUACUGACUUGCUUCCCCUGGCUUCACUAGUUGAGAAAAUGCUUUACAGUCGGGUUCCGUGAAGGCAUUUCCACAACUGAGGCUCUUUUUUCUUUGAUAACUCCAGCUUGUGUCAAGUUGACAAACAAAACUAGCUAGUACAGAUGUGGAUAUAAAAUACAUGGUACUGACUCUGGACAGGUGUCUCUGGCAUUUCUGUACACAGCAUGAUAGUAUUCCUUCAAUUUUGUUAUUACUUUGGUUCCAGAAAUAGUGUAUGGUUGAUCCCACAGCUUUGAGUGUACAUCUUGUUCAGUGCCUCUAUCUGACAUGUCAUGUUCUACAGUGUGUGUCUGUCACGUUUCCUCAUCUGUUUCUCUAGAAGUAGGCAUUAAAGUUGGUUCCAACUUCUGCUUCCACAAACAGCACGGUGAUGUCAGUCUUUCACAGGAGUCCUAGGGAACAGUGAGGAGUUCUCUAGACCAGAUGGUGGAUCCAUGUGCUCAUAUUUACUACGUCAUGAAGCUUUUUUUCCCUUAUGCUCUGUGCUUUUCUGGUUCUUGUCUAGGAAGGAGCUCUUCCCCACUCCAAGGUCAAGGAAAAAAAAUGAGUCUGCAUUUUUUUUUUUUUUUACUGAUUUUUAACUGAUAGCUUCUGCAUUUAGGGGUUAACAGUAUAGAGUCUUUCCCCCUUUUCACUGACAUAUAUCUAGUGUCCAGAAAACCUCCAACACAUAGUAGAUAAUAAGUAUCUGUUGAAUAAAUGAUGAAUUUAGGCUUAAUUAUGAUAUCAUCAGAGGUAGAAACCUAAAUAAUUAAGCCAGUUUCAUAUUUUAAUAGUAGGAGCCCUAUUAAUUAAUAAUUUAUCUUAGUAAUGAAUGUUAAGUACUAUAUCUCUCCUCCUACUCAGAUUUAUGUCCCUUUCAUUAUACAAUAUCACAAUAGUCUUAGUACUCUAGCUUGGUUAUAUCUUACAUCUUUGCCUUAAUAAAUUAUGGCUUAUUGCCUGCAUUGUAGGACAAGUUGCCCUCAAAACUAUCUUGGCUAUUCAUCAAUCUUCCAACAUAUUUUAUGUUAUAUGUUAACAUGCUCAAACUAUUGUGGUAGAAUUUUGAAUGAAACUGCCAUUGCCUUAUAAUUAGGAAAGAAAUGGGCAGCCUUGGAAUAUUUCACUAUACAUAAAUAUACUUCCUACAUUUACCCAGUCUUUUCUGGUGGUUUGUAAAGGAGUUCCAAGCUUUUAACAUACAGGUUUUGUAUACUCCAUUGUAUUAAUCCUUUUCAGUUACCAUAUAUUACAUCUUAUAUUACUUUUCUACUAGUCUAAUAGUAGUUGUAGAGUUUUUCUCAUUUGACUUACUUGUUUACCCAUUGGCUUUGGGUUUGUCUGUGUAAAUUUCUUGUGGGGUAUACUUAAUAAUAUUGGAUUUUCUUUUCAAUACUGAUCUGUCCUCUUUCUAGGUUUACUUCAUAGGCCAGGGCCCCUACUCUACAUUAAGCCCUGGUCAUGAUAAUGGAUGCACUUGUUUUAUGUGCAAAAUUUUGGGGGAAUUGUGGUAGUUUGAAUGGGAAUAGUUCCCAUAGGUUGAUAUGUUUUACUUCUUGCUUCCCAUUGGUGGAACUAUUUGGGAAGGAUUAGGAGGUGUGGCUUUGUUGGAAGAGGUGUAUCACUAGGAGUAUCUUGAUCAUGGUAUUUUGUCACAGCAAUAGAAAAGUAACUUAGAUAGGAAUGCUUAAAUUUUAUUUUCAAUUUAAGUAUAUUGUUACAGGUUUUUAGUAAACACUUCUAAUCAAGGUCAUUUUAGGAUUUUCACAUAAACAUUUUGAAAUUUACUGUGCUAUUUUCUGCAUUUAUUGAGAUUAGCACAUUCCUUAUAUCUUCAAUAUGUUAUAAAGCUUGGUCACUAAAAUGAAUGAAAUAGGUAUCAAACUAUUCUUGCAUUGCUUAACUUGAUGUAUUAUGGUUUACUAAACUAUUAAAUUUAAUGAGUUAAUAUCUGAGGUUUCUACAUUAAAAUUCACAAAACUGUA